UUCAGGAACCAAAUAAAAAAAAAAAAGGGAAAUCUGAAAUGCCAUGGAGUUUUGAGCAGAAGAAGAAAAGUGAUACAACUCGUUCAAAAUCCAUUCCUCCAUUUCCGCACUUUGAUUCGCACAUAUUUCACUAACACUCGCACCACAGAUCCGAUCCAUCACUACCACAACCCCAACACAAUGCCCACUCUCUCGGAGACCUAUGCCUGCGUCCCCACCACCGAGCGCGGCCGCGGCAUCCUCAUCUCCGGCGACCCCAAAACCAACAACUUCCUCUACUGCACCGCUCGCUCCGUCGUCAUCCGAAACCUCGACAACCCCCUCAAAGUCUCCGUCUAUGGCGAGCACGCCUAUCCCGUCACCGUCGCCCGCUACUCUCCCAACGGCGAAUGGAUCGCCUCCGCCGACGUCUCCGGCACGAUCCGAAUCUGGGGAACACACAACGAUUACGUUCUUAAGAAUGAGUUUCGGGUUCUAUCGGGUCGGAUCGAUGAUCUCCAGUGGUCUGCCGACGGCAUGAGGAUCGUUGCCUGUGGUGAUGGCAAGGGCAAGUCCUUCGUUCGCGCUUUCAUGUGGGAUUCGGGUUCUACUGUUGGUGACUUUGAUGGCCAUUCCCGGCGGGUUUUGAGUUGUGCAUUUAAGCCAACAAGACCAUUCCGCAUUGUCACAUGUGGAGAGGACUUUUUAGCCAAUUUUUAUGAAGGUCCACCAUUCAAGUUCAACAUGUCAAUCAGGGACCAUUCGAAUUUUGUCAACUGUGUUAGAUAUUCGCCAGAUGGGAGCAAGUUUAUUACGGUGAGCUCUGAUAGGAAGGGAAUUGUAUAUGAAGGAAAGACAGGGGCCAAACUUGCAGAGUUGCCUUCAGGGGAUGGUCACAAGGGCAGCAUAUAUGCUGCUAGUUGGAGUCCUGAUAGCAAACAGGUAGUAACUGUGUCUGCUGAUAAGACCGCAAAAAUAUGGGACAUUCUUGAGGAUGGUAGUGCAAAGUUAAAUAAGACUCUGUCUUUUACGGAAACUGGCGGAGUGGAAGACAUGCUUGUUGGUUGCCUUUGGCAGAAUGCUCAUCUGCUUACUGUCUCUCUUGGUGGCACCAUUAACUUAUAUGACGCUAAGGAUCUAGAUAAAAGCCCUUUAUCCUUAUCUGGCCACAUGAAGAAUGUUACUGUUUUGAAUCUGCUUCACAGAAGUGAAAAGAUGCUGUUGUCCAGCAGCUACGAUGGAGUGAUCAUUAGAUGGAUUCCUGGCGUUGGGUAUAGUGGUAAAUUUGAGAGUAAACAAUUUGGAUUAAUCAAAUUGUUAGCAGCUGGCGAAGAAGAAAUUAUUACUGCUGGGUUUGACAACAAGGUAUCCAGAGUUCCUCUUCAUGGGGACGAUUUUGGUCCUGCUAAGCAAGUUGAUAUUGGAAGUCAGCCUAAGGAUGUGAGUCUUGCAGUUAAAAUCCCUGAACUUGCUCUCAUUGCAAUUGAAUCUGGGGUUGUCUUACUCAAAGAUUCAACAAUUUUGUCAACUGUAAACCUGGGCUUUGUUGUGACUGCCUGUGCAAUUUCACCUGAUGGUAGUGAAGCAAUUGUAGGCGGCCAAGAUGGUAAGUUGCACAUCUAUUCUGUCUCAGGUAAUACACUUACAGAAAAAAGUGUCCUUGAGAAGCACCGAGGUGCCAUCAGUGUAAUCCGAUAUUCUCCAGAUGUUACCAUGUUUGCAUCUGCUGAUUUGAAUCGUGAAGCUGUUGUGUGGGAUCAUGAAUCCAAAGAGGUGAAACUUAAUAACAUGUUGUUUCACACUGCACGUAUUAACUGCCUAUCUUGGUCACCUGAUAGCAGACUGAUAGCUACCGGUUCACUUGAUACAUGCGUUAUUAUAUAUGAAAUUGGAAAGCCAGCAGCAAGCCGCAGAACCAUAAAAGGUGCUCAUUUAGGUGGAGUUUAUGGGUUAACUUUUGUUGAUAAUGACAGAGUUGCCAGUUCAGGCGAAGACGGUUGUAUUCGUAUGUGGACUUUAACUUCUGAGUAAUCUUAGCUUCAGAACCUUCCCAUGCUUAAUGCAGUUCGCGGAGAUUGGCUUUCUUGUGUGGCAGAUAAAGGUGAGCCCCCGUAUUGGAGAGAACAGUAGGGAGAUGAAGAGAUAAGAUAAUGUCAUUCUCAUGGAGAUGGAAGUGAGUCGCAGAUGCUGUAGCAUUACCAUUGUUGUUUCUUCAUUGUGUUUCCUUCUUAAGCCAAUGGAAUGGGCUUGAGAAAUUCUCAAUCAGUUUUGUAAUUUACGUAGAAAAGUCCGCAUUACACACAUUUCUAGACUAGACAGAGAGGCCUAAUUGCAUGAAACUAGACAGUUCUGCAAGUGUAGAGGUGAAUUCAAUUUGAAUUUGAAUUUGAUUUUGUUUUCUGUA